UUUUAAUUCAACCAACAUUAUAUAUAUGAACCUUAAAAAGCUUCAUUUCGGAUCACUUAGCUUAAUAUCUUUGUUUCUUUGUCAUGGCAUUAGAAGAACCUCAACAACCAAAAUGGGAAGGCCAAACCUCUGCCGAGCUCAAAGGCUCAAAAGUGCAAGAGGUUUGGCCUCUUCUGGCGGACUUCUGCAACAUGGACAAGUGGUUCCCCGGCCUCCACACUUGCUACCAAGUUGGCGGAGUUCCUGGCCAACCCGGUCUGGUUCGGUACUGCGAGCGCGGCACGGAUGAGACAACUAUCCUGUGGGCAAAAGAGAAGCUACUCACGAUCGACCCAAUCAACCAGUGUAUGACGUACGAGAUUGUUGACAACAAUAUGGGUUUCGAGUCGUAUGUUGCAACAAUGCAAGUAGUCCCUAUCAACAACCAUGGCUGCAAGAUCGAGUGGUCGUUUGUUUGUGAUCAGAUUGAGGGCACGAGUUUGGAAGAUCUCCAAUCUUUCGUUGAGUCUUCACUCCAAGGGAUAGCAAAGAAGAUGGAGCUUGCUCUUCUAUCUAAUACUUCUACUAGCAUGGGUGAUAAACGCUGACUUGCAGAUAUCUUGUUCAUGUAAUAAUAAUGGUAACAAUUUUCAAUUUGAUUGAACAGUUACAGCGUUGACUUGUAGAUAUCUUGUUCAUGUAAUAAUAAUGGUAACGAUUUUCAAUUUGCC